AGAUUCAACACUGCGAAGCUGAAGAAGAAAUUUUAUAAUUUUUUUUUUGCGAAAAUAAAUUUUACCAGUUUUGUUUUAUUAAAAAUUUACACAAAAUAAUUAAACGUAAUGGCUGAUAGUGAUUUGGAUGCAAUUCGUGCCCAACGUAUGGCUCAAAUGCAGUCACAAUUUGGUGGCGGCGGUGGUGGCAAUGCAGCUGAAAAACAAAAAGCUCAGGAGGAACAAAUGCGCCAGCAAGAAGAAAUGAAACACUCCAUAUUAUCUCAGGUGUUGGACCAACAAGCUAGAGCUAGAUUAAAUACUUUAAAACUUAGCAAACCCGAAAAGGCAGCAAUGUUUGAAAAUAUGGUCAUAAGAAUGGCACAAUCCGGACAACUACGUGGUAAACUCGAUGAUGCCCAAUUUGUGAAUAUCUUGGAGAGUAUUAAUGCUCAAAUGCCACAAAGUAAAAGUACUGUUAAAUAUGAUAGACGUCGUGCUGCCAUCGACUCUGACGAUGAUGAUGACUAUGGCUGCUGAUAAAUUUGUAAUUUUACUUGUAAACUCACUCAUAAACAAGGAAAAUGAUUUUUAACUUCCUUCA